CCGAGCACACCAGAGUCGCCCACAAACAGCCUACUGCAUGCCACUAUGACCAUUGACGACCUAACGCUGGCUUUGACGAAUUUCUCUCGUGCUCCCAGCCCGGACCCACCAGCUGCGCUUUGCUGUUGCUGUGGACGCGAAGAUUGUGAAAAUCUGAAAGAGUGGUUGCGAUGUAAGUCUAAGUUGGAGGGCCGUCUCACUCUAAGUGCAGAGGUGGGACAAGCUCUUCUUCGAAGACAUGAAGCGUAUGUUCGGAGCCAUGAGCUCGAGCACCGCUCCCGUGAACCGUCCGAAGCAGUUUCUGAAUUCGCCGAAGUGGAUGAGGUUGAGCCGCGCACUAGGGAGGAGCUCGAGCAUCGUGUAUCCUUCCUUGUGAAAGAGAAUGCAGUAUUGGAGAAGCGCCUCACACAAGCAAUGGUCAACUCGGAGGUUGCGGAGUCGUCCAAUAAGACGGCGUUGCAGCAAUUGUCUGACGCGCGCGCGGAGGUUUCGCGGUUGCAAGCGCAGCUUGCGCGUUCUGUGGGCUGGGACACGCGUCUAGCUGUGAUUGCACAGGAGAAGGAUGACCUGCAGCAGGAGCGGGAUAGCGAAGCACAUCGGGCUCGGAUGGCAGAGGUGCGGCUAGCCGCUUUGAAAGAGAAAUCUUCCAAACUGCAACUGGAAGUCCGUCGACUCUAUAAAGAGCUGGAGAAGCAGCGGUCACAUAGGCUCGAAUUGUCCGAGGAAAUCUUGACAGAGGCGCGAUCCCGACUCGAGUCAUUACAACAAUCGCAAUUCGGUCACUCGACUAAUGCGGAAGAUCCUGAAGUCACGAAAGUAUUGGAAUCUUUGGUAGCCGACAACGAGGCGCUGAAGCACGACAAUGCCGAGCUGCAGAAUCUUCUGACGGAGUUGCGAGAAGACUACCGGUCUCUGCAGGAAGAAGUAGAGGAGCAACGCGCAAGUCUACUUUCAAGAACAGUGGAGACGCCACAUUCGCGACACCGCGUGACGAACAGUCAGUCAUCCAUCACGUAUAUCCGUUCGCCGAAUAUCAGUGCACCCGCUGGUGCUCUAUCACCUCUGUCAACGAACUUCUUCACAGGCAGGCGAUCUACUAGCACUGAGCGCAACACAUCUCGCAAAGACUUUGAACCCCUUACGCCUGAAACCGAUAGACGCCCCCUAUCACCUACGGACGAUACGAAGCUGAGCGCAUUCAGCUACGCGCUCUCGCGACAGUCGCCAUCUGGUCAUGGUGAGGGUAUAGACGUUGACGCCUCAGGGGAACAUGGUUCCAGCUCACGAGGCCAGAAAUCGCUCCUCCUGCUGUCGCGUUCCAAAGCCGUGCAGACCGAGCCUUCGUGGCAGGGCAUGCUCGCCCCGUCUCCAGCCUACUCUGAUCGUCUUUCAUCAAUAUCGCCCGGAGACGGUCACUCCGAGUCCUCCUCGUUGACUGACUCGCAUCAAGGGUCGGCGAUGGGCAACAUCCUUGAACGCGUCACUACUUUGUUUAACCGACUCACACAGGCAGAUGCACUAACGCUGACGAAUCGACUUAAGCGCCAACACUUGCACGGCGCUGACGUUGGCCACCUAUCACGCACGACUGUGGACGCUAUCGUGAACGAAGUAGUUAGUCUGCGCGCGCAGUAUCGGGCUCUACUGGAGGACGACAAGGUAGUGACUACAUGCACGCGGAAGGAGCUGCGAGCUUUGUUCAAGAUCUUCCGUGAGAUCUUCGUGGAACUGGGUCAGCUGCGCGUAACGCUCAACGACGUGAUCCUCGAUCCUGGUAUUGCGCCGAAAGUGCGGGAUAUGGCGAUGGACCCUGCCAAAGGAUCGGGUGGGUCCUCUGGGGGUUCUGGCUCUGGUCCAGCAUCGUGGAUGGCGCCGAUAUCGAAGCUCUUCGGAACUGGGUCCGUCCCCUCCGGUCCAAGCUCAAGUACCGCCAACGCCGGGACCCUACGGCCAAGCGCACUAAGGGGCAGACCGACGACGAAGCUCGUGCCUAAGCUAGGGCCAGCGCUGGCGGCAACCUCGACAACGGUGAAUGUGGAGUUCUCGGGCGGGGGCGUCGGUCGCGCGGUGUCAUCGUCCUAUUCGAAUGUUGCAUCCGGAUCAGGCUCGGGAGCAUCGUCACCGGCUGGAGGAUCAGGGGACGUGUCUCGGAGUGUGAUGGGGAUAUUCGCAGGUGCACCCAAGCCUGCGGAGGGCGACGCAUGGAUCGUCGUGCCAAAGGAUGCGCAGAGGGCGCGAAGCAAGCCCCGCUCUGCUGUCCCGCAGCUGAGGUCCCCAGCGGCUGCUGUUGCGACGAUUGGAAGGAGAGGGAUGAGGCCGCAGUUGCAGGAUGACAGCGCCCGACUCUCGCGGAACGUAGAUGCGGUUAUCGACGUGCAUUCCCCCCAGGUAUCCAACGAGGACGAGGGGUUCCAGCGGACGUUACUCGAGCGCACACUGAAGCCACGGGGGCUGAGUGACUCGUCGAUACACAGCACCUUCCUUAGCCAUGGUGGGGACGAGGACCGGCCGACGGGGCCCGUG